AUGGCCACCUUCCCACACCCGGCAAUUCCCCUUCGACAGGAAUCCUACACGAGUGCAGCUGAGCCCAGCAUGGGAACCGAACCCCGCUACUUCGGCAGGGUCAAAGCCGUCAACACCACACCGCCCUCCUUCACCAUCAUUCCGGAAGACCGCACCAGCCGUCCAGAUUACGACCUCGCCUUCGGCCUUUCGAAUAUCCAGCUCGUGGAGUUCCUGAAUCUGUUCGCUUCAGGGGAAAUGCGGGUGUCUUAUGUGUUACGGCCUGGUCCCACUGGAGCGUUGCUGGUUCAGGAUGUGCAGAGUGCGGAGACUGUGAUCGUGAAGGAGGAGGGUAGUCCAUCUUGGUCUGCGGAUGGGCCAGGAGAGGGCAAGGUUGAGAGAGGGAAAGAUGUAACAUCACAGGUUGGCUUCCUGGCUUCCCAGCAUGACAGGAUUACGCUUGAGGAGGAAGCUCGGCGCAACGCGAAGGGCGAAUUCCGAAACCGCAUGGGCGGCCUGCCUUCCCAUUUUCGGGCCAUGAAAUGGGACGAGUGGAAUGCUGAAGGAGGGAGAGCCAGAAGAGGCUAG